UCUCCCUAUCUUCUUUCUCCCAAGAGCAGUCAUCGUUGAACCGGAAUUUCGAGGGGUUGCCGUCGUUCCUGUUGCCACUAUCGGUUGUCGGUAACUAAUGCUCGUCCUUGAACCUAAUUCAUGAGUGAUUGUGCUGUUUCAUGGGGUCUAAAAUGCAAGCCAUCAUCACACUUUUUGACUUGUGAGUCUGCAACUUCUUGUACUUGUCAAGCUAUUCGCCUGAUAAGAUUGUUGAAGGAACGACAAUUGUCACGAGAGGAAUUUGCGGAGAUUUACAUUAACAACAAGUCCGCACAAGCACUUGUUCAAAACGUACCCAGUCCCAAAUUAUGGAGGCUUGAUUUGCAAAAUGCCUUUCAAUGGAGCUGUUCAGUGUUCACUGGAUUUGGUCUUUCAAAAUCAACAAUGAAAAGCUGCCCAUAUGGAUUUGAUCUUUUAAAAUUGAAGAUGAGAUGUGUGGGAUCCAUUUCUCCUGCCACUUCCUCUGCUACUACCAUUAUGUUUAGAAUUACAAGUGUUCUUACUGAAAUUAAGAAUGCCCUGCAAACAAAUGACUUCUGGCCUUUCAAAACCCACCAUUGGCGUUGCAUAUGUUGCGGCCUUUAUAUCUCCAAAGAAGUCGUCAUAAAGGAAGAAUGUUAGAUUGUGGUGUAAUUUUUAAGA